AACGCCUACUGUAUGUAAAAAGUGGUAGUAGGAGCAACUUCGGACGAAAUUCAAUAUACAUAAAUACAUAAAUAAAAAACUGUGGUCUUUAAUUGUGUUAGCCAUGACAAAAUGACUUAAUUUUUGUAAUUAUUGUGACGGUGACUUCGGUGGUGAAGUACUUAUCAACUGUUUCUGGAAGAAUGCCAGGCCAUAUUGAAAUUAAACAAGAACUAGAGCUAGGAGAACCCUCCCAGGACUUGCUAGAUUGGGCGAAGGAGCAUAUUAAUGAAGAUCCAGACACAAAAUGUCAACUUAUAGAAGAAUUUAGAGAAAUGAUUUACUCCAAAGGUGAAUGUAACUCUAUAAGAACCGACGAUGCUUUUUUAUUGCGUUUUCUAAGGGCUCGAAAAUUUUGCGUAGAGUCUGCAUACAAACUAUUUAUGAAUUAUCAUGACUUCAGAGAAGAAAAUCCUAAUCUACAUGAAGGAAUUAGCAUCGACCUUCUAGAUAAAAUUUUGGAGUACGAUUUAAUUCGUGCUCUCCCAUAUAAGGAUCAGUUGGGAAGAAACAUUAUAGUAUAUAAGUGGGGUAAAUGGGUUCCAACGACUAUCCCAAUUGACGAAUUUUUAGCCGCCACUAAACUUAUAGCAGAAUUGGGUAUACUUGAAGCCAGAAACCAAAUUCUUGGAGCUGUGGUUAUACUAGAUUUCAACGAUUUUACUGUACAACAAGCUUUAUAUUUGACACCAAGCGUAGCUCGUAAAAUUUUACAAAUAGCUGCUACAUCCAUGCCAGUUAGAUUAGAAGCACUACAUGUUGUACAUAAUUCAUGGGCAUUUGAAAUAAUUUUCAACAUCUUUAAACCAUUUUUACAUGAAAAAAUGAUCGAAAGGGUCUUCUUUCAUGGAAAUGAUAUGGAAAGUUUACACAAGCAUGUGGAUCCUAAACAUCUGCCUGUAACAUACAAAGGAAGUCAACCGGAAUACGAUUGUAAGGAUUGGGUUGAUGGAAUUAAGAAAAAUGCGACGAUACUCAAAGAAAUUUCAUUAUUAGGUUAUAAGAUUAAUUAAUGUGUUUGAGUAAAAAGUGAUUUCAGUGCAAACGCGGUAAUUGACACUGCUUGGUGUUUUCCCGCCAUCCUAGAAUUAGUUUAUACGGCAUAAAAAAGUCAAUUUUAAUAUUCAUAUACCUAUAAACAAUCAGAAUCAAAAAAUUAUGUUUAAUAAUAAUGUUUAUGAUUGACCUAA